GGAUUCUCCCCUCGGUAUUAAGAGCGGAGGGAAAACGCCGCCCUCCUAGCGAAGUUCUUCUCUCGCCUCCACGCUCUUUCCCGGAGGAAGACGCUCCUCCCCCCCCAUGCUCCGCCCGACGCUUCGUCCUGCGCCGGCUCCUCCCCGUCUUGUUCCCGUGCGGCUCGGGUGGCUGGCUGCGGGACGGACGAGCUGUGGUGGGGCGUCUGGAUUGCGACGGGGCGGAUGACCGGCGGGGGCUCAGUUAGCAGCCAUGGAGUCCCUCCAGGUGGAGCUCAACCAUGUCGCUCUCAGUGCGGCCCCAGCGACGCAGCCUGGUGGUCAGGAUCAAUAGGAGCCAUUCGUUUGCUGGCGUCAACUCCAUUCAGGACAAGCCUUUCAGGAAUUUCCCUGCAUUCAGCACCCCGACGGUCUCCAGGAAGUCUGGCUCCAGAGUCAGUAGGAUGUUUUCAAUGUCCCACAAAUCCCCUCCCCCCAAGGUGCCCCAGCCAGAACGACUCGAUGAAGUGUACGAAGCCCUGAAGAAGGGACUGACCGCUUAUCUGGAGGUGCACCAGCUGGAGCUGGAAAAGUUGAGCACUCAAAUCCGCGAGUCCAAAAGGAAUUCUCGAUUGGGUUUUCUUUAUGACCUUGAUAAGCAAGUCAAGUCAAUUGAGCGGUUUCUGCGCCGUCUAGAGUUCCACGCUAGCAAGAUAGAUGAGCUCUACGAAGCCUACUGCAUCCAACGACGGCUUCGGGAUGGAGCCCACAACAUGGUCAAGGCCUACACAGCUGGUUCACCCGGCAGCAAGGAGGCACGCGAGAGCUUGGCCGAAGCCAGCAAGGGCUACAAAGAGUACACAGAGAAUAUGUGUCUGUUGGAGAGUGAACUGGAGAGCCAGUUGGGGGAGUUCCACAUCAAGAUGAAAGGAUUGGCUGGCUUUGCUAGGCUCUGUGCUGGCGACCAAUACGAGAUCUUCAUGAGGUACGGGCGCCAACGGUGGAAGCUGCGGGGCCGCAUUGAGGCAAACAGCAAGCAAGUGUGGGACAGUGAGGAGAUGAUUUUCCUGCCCCUCAUUACAGAGUUCCUCUCCAUCAAGGUAACAGAGCUCAAGAGUUUGGCCAGUCAUGUGGUGGUGGGGAACGUCUCUUGUGAGACCAAGGACCUGUUUGCUGCGCUGCCCCAGGUUGUGGCUGUGGAUAUCAACGACCUGGGCACCAUCAAGCUGAGCCUGGAGGUGAACUGGAACCCCUUCGACAAAGAGGACCAGCCAUCAUCUGCCAGCACCGUAACUAAGACUUCCACGGUCAACAAGAGAUUUUCCUCAUACAACCAGAGCCCACCCGAUACACCCUCCAUGCGUGAACAGGCAUUUUAUAACAUGUUGCGGCAGCAGGAGGAGCUUGAGAACGGGGCAGCCUGGUCCAUCUCUUCAGAGUCUUCAGACGAUUCCUCCAGCCCGCAGCUCUCUGGAAGCGCCCGGCACACACUGCCCAGGCCUAUCGUGCAACCGGCAGUACAGGCUGCUGCGCCCGCCAUAGAAAUUGCCUUCACGCACCCUGAGGACAAAGAGCCGCCAGCCCUUCGAGAGGAGGUGGCCGUGGCUAAUGGGCACGUGCCCUAUGCCCGGACUCUUAGCCAGAUCAGUGAGGCCAGUGUGGACCUGCCAGUGGCAGAGGACAAAGAGUGCACUGUCCCCAGAGACUCGAGUCCCAGGGAGCUGCCUCCCCUGGAAACGAACUCCUUGCCCCAAAGUACGGGCUCGAUGCUGGACACUCAGAUCUGCGAGGCUGGAGAACCGGAGGCUGAGCCGGAUGGAGCCGCUCCCGUUGAAGAAGAGAGUGAGGACACUGCCUGCUCAGCCCAGGAGGCUCAACAGCCUAAGCCUUCAUUAAGCCUGCCAAUCCCAAAGGAGCCAGCAGGGGUCUUGGAGGCACCAAGGCCCAAGCCUGUGGACUGUGGCCUGGAGGAGGCCAUCAGCUUGCUGGCCUCUGCUCUGGACGACUACCGGGGCCAGUUCCCUGAGUUACAAACCUUGGAGCAAGAGCUCAAGCACCUAGAGGAGAUUCUCUUGCAAAAGCAGGGUGUGUGUUUGAGCCGGGCCUCCAGCACCAGCCUGACAGUGGAGCACGCUCUUGAGAGUUUCAGCUUCCUCAAUGCUUCUGAUACAGAAGAUUCGGAUGACGACGGGAAGGCUAGCAGUGCACAGCAGUGCACAGGCAGGGUACCCGGAACAAGCGAGGCUGUUGCUGAAGACACAGCUGGGUGCUUGAGCUCAGAGGGUGGCUCAGAGCCCAUGAGCACCGGCAAUGAGUUCCUCGACAGGGCUUUGGUCCUGCAUCUGAACCAUUGCAACCACUUGCUGCUGAAACUGGGCAAUUUUGGGCCCCUCCGCUGCCGGGAAAUGUAUGCACUUGACAGGCUGGCAAGGGAAGCACAGGUCCUGGAGACGGCCUGCCGCCUAGCAGAGGAGCGAGCAGGGACAGCCAGUUCUGCUGAGGAAGUGGUACAGUUUUCUACAUGGAAGGAGGGAGCAUUGCCCUUCUGGGACAGCUGUAUGACCAUCCCUAAUAUAUACACCUGCCCUGUAGAAAAGUUCCUGCAGACACUCAAUUCCCAGUAUGCAUCACGAAUCAACGAACGCCAGCAAGGCCUGGCAGAUCCAGUGUGUGUGAAGCUGGUGGAGGAGCUUCUGCAGCGCAGACUGCCCAGGCGCCAGGGGAGCUGCCAGGCUGAGCAGGUCACCCUCUUCCAGUACUGGAGCCACUUUGAGGCUCUGCCCAUCUUGACGCUGGACUCUUACAUCCUGGAGUUGGCGGAGGAAGUGUUGCUAGCACAGAACCUGAACUCUGAUGACCAAGAUGUGGUCCUGAAGGCUCUGAAACGUGUUCCCGAGAGCCGGCUCCGUAAGGAUGGGUUGAAAGCCUUGAGCCUGCUUCUUGUUGAAGGAAACAGCAAGGUUGUUGGGGCUGUGUCAGCCCAGUUGCGCAACCUUUCAGAGAACCCUGGCUUCCGGGAACGGGCCCUGGUUUGUUACCUAGAGCAGCUGGAGGAUGAAGAGGUGCAAAUGCGGAUCGCAGCCUGUGCAGCUCUGGGCUGCCUUAAGGCCAAGGAGAGUAUUGAACAGCUGGUGUACUUGUGCCAAACUGACAAAGAGGCCGUGCGAGAGGCAGCCAAACAGAGCUUGAUGCUGUGUGGAGAAGAUGGAAAAUCUGCUCAUCGACGGCUAGAAGAGUCUCUUGACAGUUUGCCACGGAUCUUUGCCCCAGGGAGCAUGGCCAGCACUGCGUUCUGAAGAGUGCCACCCCAGCUGACCUGCCAGAUGCUUUGUGGACACAGACUUUGCAUGCCACAGAACUUCAACAAAGUCACGCAGACUGGGGUCAGUCCAGUGUGCCAUACAGUGGGCAACUCUUUGCCCUUAGGCACACACACACACUGCAGUAUUAGCACCACCUGCAUGCUGUCUUAUGCGGAGGAUGCCUUUUCCUAGCUCCACUGGCUGCUUCACAUCUAGAACUAAUGUGAGCAGAUGGCAUUGAGAGAGAUCCCUGUUUGUUUUUUCUACAGGACCCUACUGGGCUGGGGGAUCGAGCCUUUGGCUCUCUGCCAUUCACCCUCAUCAACAUGCCCCUUUCUGAAGAAAAACAAUUGAGCCUUAUGGCCGUGGCAGAAAGUCCUCAGUUGCUGAAGCCAUCUCUCAUUUGAGAUAAGCUUGGAAAAACUUUUGUGUAUUCUUGAAGUCCUACUUAGUGUUCAGCCUGUUCUCAUCUUGCCCGUGUCCUCCACCCUUUGGGGCUGUGAAUACUGCAGGAAAUUGGGACCAGGUAUAUUCCACUACUGAUGGACUGAAAAUUCCUCUCUCAGUUAUGAGAGCCGUGGGGAGAGAAAACACAAAGAUUACAGGAGGGAUUUUUCCACCACCACCCCAGUGCAAGAGGGGGAAAGGAGAGAUUGUUUUAACAGUGGUGCUGCAGAAGACGGAAGCACACAGAUAGGCAGACAAUGCCACUUCUUGGACAAUUUUAUUAUUUUUAAUUUACACAUUGGGGGGGUUGGCUGCAGACAAAUAAAAGCAAAAAGUCCCUUUUCUAUAAAAUCCUUAUAAAUUUAUCUGUAUAUCUACAUAGAUAUAUAAAUAUAUAUAAUGUAAUUAUCAAGAGGUUUGGCUAAUUUUGACUUUAAACCUGAAAUAAAAAUAAGUUUGCGCAAGUAA